GACCCAACGCGUCCCGAUCUUCUUCUUCGUCACGAAAAUUCUUAGUUGUUAAGAAACCGCUCUGACUCUUUUCUCCUAUAAAACCCUCCUCUUCUUCAUUUUACUCACAAAAUCAAAUUCCAAAACCCUAAUUUCUAAUUCCCAAUUCCCAACAGCAAAAAGAACCAAUUUUGAUCAUGGCCCAACAAGAUUCAACCGUGCAGGAACCACAAAUGAAGGAGGAGCAGAGUCUCAAGUAUUUGGGAUUUGUGCAAAACGCCGCCGUUGCGUCCGGGGUGUGCGUUUCGAAAGCGUACGGGUAUGCCAAGGAGAGGUCUGGUCCUUUGAAGAAUGGGGUUGAUUCUGUGGAGGGGAAGGUCAAGACCGUUGUUGGACCGGUUUAUGUCAAGUACCAGGAAGCCUCGGCCCAAAUUCUCACCUUUGUCGAUUGCAAGGUUGAUGAAUCUGUGACCAGGGCUGCCAAGCUAGACGUGCGUCCAGUGAUCAGGCAGGCCUCCUCCAAAGCCUUAUCAGUUGCUCAGAAGGCACCAGAGGCGGCUUGCACAGCUGCUAAAUCUGCCUACACCAAGUAUGAACCAAAAGCUGAGGAAUGUGCUGCUUCUGCGUGGCGAAAGCUGAAUGAACUCCCCGUCUUCCCUAAGGUGGCGGAGGUGGUUGUGCCAGCUGCAGCAUAUUGUUCUGAAAAGUACAAUGAGACUGUGCAACACACUGCCGAGAAGGGGUACAGAGUUGCUGCCUAUAUGCCUUUGGUUCCCACAGAGAGAAUCGCCAAGGUCUUCGGAGAGAAGGUGCCUGAACCAGAGCCAGUGAUUGCAGCAAGUCAUGGGGAGACUGAUAUUGCUGUUCAAUAAGUACUUGUUUUUAUUUGAGUUGUGAUGUUACAAUAUUAGAUCUGGUAAUAAUUAACAGGAAAAACAACAUAUAUGUAAGGAUUGGGCAUAGUUUUUCAAGCUUGCCAAACAUUUAUAUAUACAUUUUUUUGUUUCUCUU